CACCAUGCUUUGCUUUAAACUCGUACGAAAGCGACUCCCCCGGAAGAAGCCAGCCAAAAAGGUAUGAGCAGUGGUUACGUUUUGUAACUGACACAAAUCCUAAGCUACUACUAUACAAUCUUUAUUGUCCACACCCAGCAUCGGAUUUUAGGCCGCUAAACCAUCUCAUUUUCCAAGAUCAUUAAGCUAAUCUGGCUUGUAAUUUUUUAGACCCAAUGGAAUAGUCUCACCCCUGCCGGGGAAGACGGGAGAAGGUCAGAACACGGCUCUGUCCAAGUCCUGCUUCUGACAAAUUUUCCAUGUCAAAAACGAGUGCUUGACCCGGACAAAACUACCGAAAUGCCAAGAAGAACCUCAGCAGAAACCGAAAUUGUAGUUUCAUCCCUGCUAAUCUAGGGCAUUUUACAGGAAAGGAUCUUUUUGAAAAGGAUUUGUAGUCUUGAGGAUUUCUUCGAUAAGAAAUGGAAACCAUCGUCACCUACCGAAGAAACAGGCAAAACAGGGGAGCGAAAGAAAACGGAGCAAGAACAGCGCCACAUCGACAUCUCCCCCCUUCCUCGGGCUCCAUUGGAUUUGGGGAGCUCGGGGGCGCCGGCCGCUGAUGAACUCCGAACCGAGCACCAAUCCGCGGCGAGGAGGCUCCACCGGGUAGCUGGGGGCACGGAGCGAGGCGAUGGCGGGUGCCGGCGCGGCGGCCAAUGGCGGCAGGAACGGGUACGCGGUUCUUGAUCGGAGCGAGGAGCAGGACCUGGAGCUGGACGCGCGGCGAAGGCCGCCGGUGCCCGAGAGCGAGAGGAGGAGGAGGGAGCGGUUCGUGUACGCCUGCGCGGUCUUCGCCUCGCUCAACGCCAUCCUCCUCGGCUACGAUGUUGGUGUCAUGAGUGGCUGCAUCAUCUACAUGCAGAAAGAUCUCCACAUAACCGAGUUUCAGCAAGAAAUACUAGUAGGCUGUCUGAGCGUGGUCUCACUCGUGGGAAGCCUAUCAGGGGGACGAACAUCUGAUGUAAUUGGCAGGAAAUGGACAAUGGGCCUCGGUGCAAUUGUGUUCCAAUUAGGCGCCGCCAUCAUGACGUUUGCUCCAUCAUUCACUGUGCUUAUGAUCGGGAGGCUCCUAGCUGGAGUAGGCAUUGGCUUUGGUGCCAUGGUAUCUGGAGUGUACAUUGCUGAGAUCUCCCCUGCUGGUGCCCGUGGGACUCUCACGUCCCUUCCUGAGAUAUGCAUCAAUUUGGGGAUCCUCCUCGGCUAUGUUUCCAAUUAUGCCUUUUCGGGCCUUUCUGAGCAUAUCAAUUGGAGGAUUAUGCUCGGUGUCGGUAUCCUUCCAUCUGUCUUCAUUGGCUUUGCACUUUUCGUGAUUCCAGAGUCCCCUAGGUGGUUGGUGAUGGAGAAGAGAGUUUCAGAAGCCAGGGCAGUGCUGCUACAAAUAAGUGAGUCUGAAGCUGAAGUUGAAGAACGGCUGGCUGAGAUUGAGGAAGCCGCAGGUCUUAUGAAAUCAACGAAAUCUGAGGAGAAGGAAGUGUGGAGAGAGCUUCUGAACCCUUCUCCUGCUGUUCGUCGGAUGCUGUAUGCUGGCUGUGGUAUCCAAUUAUUCCAACAGAUUACUGGAAUUGAUGCUACUGUCUAUUACAGCCCAACAAUUUUCAAGGAUGCUGGGAUCAAGUCUGAUCAGGAGCUUCUUGCUGCGACCGUCGCUGUGGGUUUCACCAAGACAGUGUUCAUCUUGGUUGCAAUUUUCCUCAUUGAUAAAGUUGGCCGGAAGCCACUUCUUUAUGUCAGCACAAUUGGCAUGACUAUAUGCUUGUUUCUCCUGGGAGUGGCACUUACAUUGCAAAAGCAUGCUGCGGGGCUUAUGUCUCCACGUAUUGGGAUCGAUCUAGCAAUUUUUGCAGUGUGUGGGAAUGUGGCGUUCUUUUCAAUUGGCAUAGGACCAAUAUGUUGGGUCUUGUCAUCAGAGGUAUUUCCUUUGAGAUUACGAGCUCAGGGAUCAGCGCUUGGUCAAGUGGGUGGUAGAGUGAGCAGUGGUUUGGUUUCCAUGUCGUUCCUUUCUAUGGCCCGUGCUAUAUCAGUGGCAGGAAUGUUCUUCGUCUUUGCUGCAAUAUCAGUUGUCUCUGUCCUGUUUGUGUACUUUUGUGUGCCAGAAACAAAAGGGAAAACACUGGAGCAGAUUGAAAUGAUGUUUGAAAGUGGGGACGAAUGGAGAGGAGGUGAAAUUGAGCUUGAGGAUACACAGCAUCUAAUACCUAGUAACAAGAAGUCUGUACCUCUCGGCUGAUAUCGGUACGGUAUCAACAAGAAGUCUAUAGCUCCAUGUUUCAAUGACAAGCCAGCCUCAUCCUGCUUUCAUCUCUGCUGGAUUCAAACAUCAGUUUCAAAAAUGAUCAGGCUGCAGUGAACUAUGACCGACUUCGAGGAUACAGAAGGCAUUGGUACUUUAGUAGGCAUAGAGGUGACAGUAGAUUGAUUAUGUUGUUAGUCUAAAAGUUUCCUCAUAUUGUUAUACGACUGGUGUAUCUUCCAGACAUCCACAAAAGAAUAUACUUGCUAAAAAAAUCUUUCUACAAAUCCCAUUCUUUUAUACUCCUUCAGAGUGAAUGUAUUUCUUCAGGUUUGUCAUUCCAUUUCCUGACAAUCAAUAUUCCCACUGUUCC